GCUUGUGAAAAGUAGUGGCACAACAAAUCGAAUCAAGUGUAUAUGAAUGUGUAGGCUAAAGUUAUAUUGUUACCAAGCGUCAGGCACAGCCUUAAGCUAGCCCACUGCCUGCUAUACGAGUCUCUUUGCUCUUCUGCAGUUGACUUUGUAGCUAGUGAAUGGGUCUACGGGUCCCAAUGGCGCUGUCAUUAGAUUUCCUGACGCAUGAGGAGUUACUUCGCUUCUUCCACCGUAAGAAGACGGAGAUCUCGUGCAUAGACCAACCGCACACCUUCCUCAGGCAGUUACGAGACCACGACCUAGUGUCGGAGAAGCUCUACCAGAGAGUGGUUAGGAUGAAGACGAAGGAGCAGAAGAUGAAGGGUGUGUAUGAGGUGCUGGACAGUCUGGAGACAGAUCAAGCAGAGCGUGUGAAGACCUUCUGGGAGUGUGUGUUUACAGACCACAUCCUGCAGCAUUACCCCACCCUCAAACUACUGAGGAACAGCCUCAUGGACGGGUCUUUUCGAGUCAAUGAAAGUCAACCAGAGAUGGAGAGACUGGACAAGAGGAAUAAUACGGAGGGAAAGAUUAAAGACUUAAAAGAAAAGAAGGUGAAGAAGAUGAGUAGACAGAAAAGGAAAGGGAGCAGCACUAGCGGAAGGGAGGAAGGAGAGGAGGAGGAGGAGGAGGAGGAGGAAGAUCAAGCAGGGACUUCUAAAGUCACAACCAGUCAGAAGAAGAAGAAGAAGAAGAAGCUUCAGAAACCCAACUACUGCUCUCCUCUGAGGAAGGGGGGCAGGGAGGAUAUCUGGAACUGGCCCAUGCAUAGGUCCCAGCUACCCGUCACCUGUGGGGACAAAGAGGGCUUUCUUCACAGAGACAAACUGGCCAAAGGAGAUAAAUGCAUUCUUCACGAGGAUCAGUGGUACACGCCAGGUGAGUUUGAGAAGUUGGGAGGCAAGGAGAGGAACAAGAACUGGAAGAUCAGCAUCCGCUGCCGACAAACAACCCUGCAGAAGCUGAUUCAGGAGAAUCACUUAAAGUCUCCACCAGCUAAAAGGAGAAGAACUGAAAAAGGACAGGUAACCCUUCAUCUAGUUCUAUUGUUGCAGGGGUCACAUGACGUGUUGUCAUG